ACAAGACACGAUACGUCGAAUCAUCAAUUUAAUUGAUCCUCAAGGUGUGGCGAUUCGAAGAGCACAACGCCUCAGGCGCAGGCAGUACAACAAUAAAGGGCCAAAUGCUCUUUGGCACAUGGACUCAUAUGACAAACUAAAGCCGUACGGCAUAGCAAUCAACGGAUGCAUCGAUGGAUUCAGUCGUUUUGUUGUAUGGAUGGAAGCAUACACAACAAAUAGCGACCCCAGGGUCAUAGCAGAGUAUUUCAUUCAGUGCAUCACGCCCAUGGGUGGGUGUCCAGAGAGAAUCCGCGCAGACCAUGGGACUGAAAAUGGACAUGUUGCCAAUAUGCAGAUGUUUCUCAGGAGAAACCACACGGAUGUCUUCGCCGGGGACAAAAGUUUCCUAUAUGGGCGCAGUACGGGCAAUCAGCGCAUUGAAUCCUGGUGGGGAAUACUACGAAAGCAAUGCGUUCAGUUUUGGAUGAACUUAUUUAAAGACCUCCAGGAGAAUGGCCACUUCUCUGGAGACUUUUUGGAUAAAAAUCUCAUUCAGUUUUGCUUUCUUGACCUGGUUCAGGAAGAACUGAAUGAAGUGGUGCGAACAUGGAAUACCCACAAGAUCAGACCAAGGCCAGGCCAAGAUGUGCACGGAGGACGCCCGGUCCUCAUGUACACAGUUCCACAGGCGUACAGUGCUGAAGACAAGCUUAAAACUGUGGAGCUUGAGGAGGUAGCUGUGUGUAAGGAAGAGUGCACACCGAAGAGUCAGUUCCCCUGUGAUGAGACUGUUUUUGAACUUUGUCUCUUGUUAAUGCAGGAGAAUGGAUGGGAAAUCCCUUCAGAUGCGUUUGAUGCUGCAGAACUGUACAUCUCACUAAGAACAAUUAUACUGCAAAAUAUCUAAAUGUCAGAUGCAUCUGUUCCCAUUCAUCAGCUCAGCUGUUGCAUUUGUAUUAUUAGAAUAGGUUACUUGUGACAUCACAAUUCAUACAGGCCUAUCUAUGAAACUAAAGUCUGCUCACCACAGUCCCUUUUUAUUACACUAUGUUCUGAUAGAUUACACUAUGUUCUGAUAGAUUACACUAAUGCUCUGAUAGAUUCACAGACAAUAAACUAUCAUUGGUUUGAAAUCAUUACAUUGUUUUCAAUUUCUGGCAUAAGAUUAGAGAUUUAAAAGUUUGAUAUAAGUCAGUGUUUGGGAGUAGUUCACUAAUUAUUGUUUUAUUAUGUUUAACAUACAUUUUGCAAUAGUGGGGUCAUUGUUUGAAUACAUGAAAAUGCAACGAUGAAGGACCAAAGUUAUUUAAGUGUUAUUAGCAACACAGAUGUACCAAGUAAAAAUUCUAAAAGGAAAUAUAAAUGUUCCGUCAAGACAGAAUUCUCCACACAAAUUGUUAAUGCAAAUUGAGUAACUCAUCAAUAAAAAAUUAACUGGG